AUGUAUCCGGUAAAAGGGGAAGGCCUGGUCAACAGCUUGGCUAACAAAGCCUCCUUUGGCAUUGCCUGGCGACGUCUGCCGGUCUAUAGCAACAAGGGAGUGCUCCAGAGCACGAUGGUUGACCCCGACGUUGGCUCGCUGGCCGUGCGGAUGACACCCACCGUGAUGUCCACGGGUAUGAAGGAGCUGCUUGGGCCCGAACCAACCAAGGACGCCGAAGAGGUGGACCCGUUCGAGAAGUGGCUCGUGACAGUUGGAGAGUGCCUCCGGAAUGCCACAGUGGCCACGCCACAACGUGCAGCAGCGUCCCGGAGCCCAUCGCCUCCGAAGCCGACCCU